GAUUUGGAGUGAGACGGUAUUGAUGGAAGGACUUGUUUUGAUUAGUGUUGACCAAGUCUAGCUUCUACCUUAAAAAAUGCAAGUUAUAGAAAGGGAGAGGAAGUAGAUAUCUUUUGUUGUCAUGUAACUUAAACACUAGAUUAACACUCAAGAUAUAUAUCAAAAAGGCCCCACCAACUACGCCCACCACCUAAUUACGUAUACAAGAAGAAGAUUUACAUAUAUUAUACAUGUACAUAGAUAUAUUUAAUAUAGAAGCACCUUAAAUUGUAUAGGAGUGAAAGGUGAUCGCCCAGAUAGCUUAAGAAGGAAUCGGCCCUAGUUUAGUACCACUUAUUAUAACUUGACUCUUCCAUGUUGUGUGCUUCUAGUGUGUACCAUUUUACUUGGUGAAAGAUCUACGUCCACGGGUGAAAGUGUAUGUAUUAUUGAUGAUUGAUUGCUCCAAAAGAGAACGAGAUACAAAAGAAGAAUUACAUGCACUACAACAACAAACUUUGAAUCUACAACUAUUCUCCAUAUUCUUCUUGCUCCCAAAUCUCUCUAUCUCACUAUUCAACUGAAUACAGAUUUUAUAUCUCUCUUAACUAGUUGAACUGUAAUCUCAUCCGUCGAUCCAACGUGAACGAUUGAGAUCUUAAUCACAAAUGCAAACUUACUUAAUUGCCAUUCAAUCCCUCCAUGUUUCUGAAUUAGCAAUUAAGUCCUUAAAGUUUCUUGUGUAAAUAGUUGAUGCAUAGAUGUGAAGACACAUAUGCAACAAGAAGUGAUUAAGGAACUUCUAACACUUGAAUAGAAAAUUUAAUUAUACUAUAAUAACUUGUGAUUUUGUUCGUAGAACGUACUUUUCUUAAUUUUGAGAAAUAAUGACGGAGUGUUGUCUUGAUUAAUUAGUGUUAGGCGGCUAACUUUGUGUUACGGUGAUAGUUACUAUGCCAUUGCCUCUUUAUGACCUUUUUUUUCAUUUUUUUUUAUUUGGGGGGUGAAGAGAUUGGAAUUAGCACCCAAGUUUCUCACCCUCAGAAGAACACAUGGAAUCAUCUGUCACACUAUUUUGUGUAUACCACUCUUAAUUUAUCUAUUUUAUAAUUAUUUUUAUAAAAAUAAAAAUUAUUAUUAUAUUAUGAACUCUAAUUAAUAUUUAUAACUAAAAAUUAAAAUUUUUAAAAAUUAUAACUUUGAAUUAAUGAACCUAAAUAAUUAAUUAUUAAUUCAAAUAAAUAUAAAAAAUAAUUAUAAAUCCUAAUUGGAUGAGUGAACCCUUAUUAAUUAUCUUUUUAUAAUAUUAAAGCAUAAUAAAUUAAAAUUGAAAAAAAUAUAAUUAAAAAUUAUAAUAAAUUAAGAGUGGUACAUAGUGGUACACACAAAAUAGUGGGACAGAGGAUCCCAUGUGCUGAAGAGAGGAAUACCGUUAAGCUACAAGGCUUAUGAAUUUUUUUUUCUAAUUAACUGAAAUUAUAUAUAAAAUCUGUAUGUAUUUAGCCUGAUACCACAGUUCAAUGAAAAGUAUUAGUUGUCUAUUGAAGUUAACAAAAAAUCAAUAAAAAAUUUAGUAUAAGAAAAUAAUAGAAGAACGAGUUUUUUCUUUAUUUUUUUCAGUCUUAAAUUAUUCAAAUUAAUUCUAAAUUGAUACUAGCUUUUAUUGAUACAAAAACCUAAGAAUCUUGGACCCCAAAUCCAGAAAACUGAUACGGAGCUCGAAUUCCCGGAUCCGUUUCAUUCUCUUGGCAAUCAAGUUCUUAACAAAGCUGACUUCAAUUUGGGCCAACCACGAAAUAGCCCCAACCAUCAAAUAUUAAUCUCACUAUCUAUGUCAGCAAAAUGAGUCAAAGAACACACCAUCAAUUAUGGAUUUGCUUUGAUGGUUAUUUGACUUUUACGAUCCUCCAUGUUCCAAAUUAAUUUAAUUAAUCCGCAACAUCUAUUAUUAGCUACAAAUAGAACCCCACACAACCAUAUAUAUAUAUAUGCAACAAAACACAAUCUGUAGAAACAUAAGUAAAAAAGGCAGCUAUGUUGAAAAUUAUUGAUAAAAAUUGCGAAUCAUUGAUCUCUAACAAUAAUAGAUUCUCCCAGCUUCGGAAAACGAUAUUCAAAUUAGGUGAGUCAACAAAAGGCGGCUAAGCUCCCAUUCAACGUUCAAAUAUCUCCAACCUUCCACCUUCACACCAUGCCUAAAUUCGCCGCCUCCAUCUCCCUCGCUCUUCCGCAAUGCCCCUCCUCCUCAUUCUCGCCGCCGCCCUCUUCGCGGCGGCGCAUUGCCAGUCCGACACCUACGCCAACUGUGACCGCACCUUCUCAUGCGGCUCCAUCACCAACAUAACAUUCCCUUUCCACGGCGGCGACCGCCCCCCCUACUGCGGCCUCCCCGACUUCGCCCUGGCCUGCCGCGACGGCAACACCACCGAGCUGGCUCACACCUCAGCCGCCUACCGCGUCCUCCGACUCAAUCAGACUGAGAAGUCACUCGUUCUCGCCCACUCCGAUCUCUACAGCAAUACAUGCCCUUCCGACUUUCGCAACAUUACCCUAGGUUCCCCUUAUUUCUACUAUAAUCUCACCCAAAACGAAGAACUCACUAUGUUCUACGGCUGCAACACCUCCCGCUUAAGUUCGGCGGGGAACAAUGCGUCGGAAUUGAGUAUCACGAGGGACAAUCGCAUCAGAUGCAAUUCCACUGAUUUGAAUUACACGGGCGCAUUUUAUUGGAUCGGCCCGGUUCCCAGCGACCCUAUUUUGAGCAUCAUAUCCUGUAACAUUAGUGUAAGAAUGCCGAUGCUGAGGGCCGCCGGCGAUCUGCUGACGAACUCCACGAUUAAUCUUGGAGAGGCGUUGAUGGAAGGUUUCGACGUGAGUUAUAGCGUGCAGGAUGAGAGCUUGUGCUCUGAGUGCAACAGAAUGAGCGGGCAAUGCGGGUUUAGUGCUGAGACCGAUAAACUCAUUUGCAUUUGCGGCGAUAAGCUUUGUCCUUUUGCUUUGACGCCUCCACCGGCACCUACUCCUUCUGACGGAAGCAGAAAUACAGAAAGGAGUAUAGGUCUUUUCAUAGCUGGUGCGAUUCUUACUGGUGUUGGCCUGGGAUGGUUGGUUUUCCAUUGUAGACAAAAGAGGAAGCAGAGGCUUGCAUUGAUGUCCUCCCAAAUCACAAGCAAGGAAAUUACUUCUUCUCCUUCCACGAAAGGCCUCCUUUCCCCGCCAUCGAGUAAUUACACCAAAAGCAUUCUAUCAUAUCCAUCUACCAAGUCGGACUUUGGUAGGCGAAGUUCGGAUUUUGGGGUGCAGGUCUUCAACUGUACCGAGCUUGAAGAAGCCACUAACAAAUUUGAUCCUUCUAGAGAACUUGGAGAUGGUGGAUUUGGUACUGUAUAUUAUGGGGUGCUUUCUGAUGGUCGUGUAGUUGCAGUUAAGCGCUUAUACGAGAACAAUUUCAAGCGCGCAGAGCAGUUCAUCAAUGAAGUCGAGAUUCUGACUCGGUUAAGGCAUCAAUACCUUGUGAAACUCUAUGGAUGCACCUCUAGGAGAAGCCAAGAACUACUGCUUGUGUAUGAAUAUGUAGCAAAUGGGACAGUGGCAGAUCAUCUGCAUGGAAAACGUGCGAAAUCGGGGUUGCUAUCUUGGCCUAUUAGGUUGCAAAUCGCCGUGGAAACUGCUGAUGCACUUGCUUAUCUACAUAGAUCAGAUAUCAUACAUCGGGAUGUCAAAACCAACAACAUUCUUCUGGACAAUGAUUUCCAUGUCAAAGUUGCUGAUUUUGGGUUGUCAAGGUUGUUCCCCAACGACGUCACUCAUGUGUCGACUGCUCCACAAGGGACUCCCGGCUAUGUCGACCCUGAGUACUACCAGUGCUAUCAACUCACAGAAAAGAGCGACGUGUACAGCUUCGGGGUUGUGCUAAUCGAGCUUAUAUCAUCGCUGCAGGCAGUAGAUACCAACAGGCACCGCCACGACAUCAAUUUGUCGAACAUGGCUGUCAACAAGAUUCAAAACCGGACAUUGCACGAGCUGGUUGAUUCAAGUGUUGGAUUCCACACGAAUAGUUCGGUGAGGAGGAUGGUUACGUUGGUUGCAGAGUUGGCUUUCAGAUGUCUGCAGCAGGAGAAGGACAUGAGACCUUCGAUGCAAGAAGUGCUGGAUGUUUUGAAAGGGAUACAGAAUGAAGAUUCGAAUGCUCUUGCGGUAGAAAUUGUGGACCUCUCCAUGGCCAUGGGUGAUGAUGCUGGUCUACUCAAGGGUAGCACCACACCCAGGUCACAAGAUUCACUUCCUUGAUUACUACUAAUUUUUGUGGAUGCACAGGCACUUGAAAUUGAAUAUGUACUUGAAUCUUGAUUUGGAAGAUUCCCGGGUAUGUAAAACAUCUCAAGGAUCUUGAAAGUGAGCAGUUUAUAAACAUGUUAAUUGUGUAUUAUGUUGGAGUAAAUUGCCUUGCAGUAUCCAUUGUGUAUUUGUUGGAAUUCA